AUGGUCCUGGUGGCCUUGCUUGGACUCAGCUGGUUCUGUUCACCCCUGGGAGCCCUGGUUCUGGAUUUUAACAACAUCAAGAGCUCCUCAGAUGUGCAAGGCUCUGGGAAGGGCUCACAGUGUGCGUCAGACAAGGAUUGCAACGUAGGAAAAUUCUGCUUCGCACUCCAUGAUGAAAGGUCCUUCUGUGCCACGUGCCGCAGAGUUCGCAGGAGAUGCCAGAGGAGCGCCAUGUGCUGCCCAGGAACGGUCUGCGUGAAUGAUGUUUGCACUGCAGUGGAAAACACGAGGCCAGUGAUGGACAGAAACACCGACGGCCAAGAUGGCACCUACGCAGAGGGAACCACCAAAUGGCCAGCGGAGGAAAACAGACCUCAGGGGAAGCCCAGUACGAAGAAAUCACAAAGCAAUAAGGGACAGGAGGGAGAAAGCUGUCUCAGAACCUCCGACUGCGGCCCUGGACUUUGCUGUGCUCGCCAUUUUUGGACCAAAAUUUGCAAGCCAGUUCUACUAGAGGGACAAGUGUGUUCCAGGAAGGGGCACAAAGACACUGCCCAAGCCCCGGAAAUCUUUCAGCGCUGUGACUGUGGUCCUGGACUGUCCUGUCGAAGUCAGGUGACUGGUAACCGACAACAUACAAGGCUAAGAGUAUGCCAAAGAAUAUAAGUUGUACAGACAUGGGACUUGUCCUCGUGUUCACACACAAUCCCCGGCACUAAUUUUAUUCUAUUUUUUAUUUUGUUUUCUGAGACAGGGGUCUCGCUGUGUGGCCCU